ACAGUCUUAUCCCAGUGUUGUUUGGCAACACUAUAUCAUUGUAUAACCACUGCUGAUAACUUAACAUCGAUUUUUCUUCUAAAUAAACAAACAUCUCUCUUUAUAACUGAGCCAACACUGGACACAGGCUCAUUUUCUCUCUGACAACAGCACACCGCAGCAGACAUGAUGAUGGGAUCCCGCUGUCCGGUAAUCCUGUGGCUGGCCCUGGCCGCCGCCGUGGGCUCGGUGUUCGGGCUGGGUGAGGACAUCGACCGGCCUCUGUUCGGGCCUCCAGGCUCUCUGAUCCGGCUGCAGGAGUCCGACCCCGGCCUGAAGAAGGCUCUGGAGUUCGCCGAGGAGCGCUACAACCGGGGCUCCAACGCCAUGCACCUCCGCAAAGUCAGCCGGCUCCUCUCGGCCACCAAACAGCUGGUUAAGGGGAUCCGCUACACCAUAACAGUGGAACUGAGUAACACCCAAUGUAAGAAAUCCACCAUGCUCAGGACAUGUGACUUCUAUCCCGAGUUGCAGAAACUCAAGACGGAGGUGUGUGUGUUCGAAGUGUGGGACGUUCCCUGGCAGGGCACCUCGACUCUGCUCAAACAGAAGUGCCAGCCUAAAGUUGAACCUCAACAAGAAGAGACCAACAAGGUCAUGGAUGCAUCCACUAGUCAGCCUCUGGAGGAGUCUGUGGAGCUGUUGGGCCAGUUCAAGGAAUUCAUGGUUAAAUACAAUAAGGACUACAGCAGCCAGGAGGAGGCAGAUCAUCGUCUGCGAAUCUUCCACGAGAACCUGAAGACUGCUGAUAAGCUCCAGUCUUUGGAUCAAGGGUCAGCCGAGUAUGGAGUCACCAAGUUCAGUGACCUGACUGAGGAAGAGUUUCACUCUACAUACCUGAACCCGCUACUGAGUCAAUGGACUCUUCACCAGCCAAUGAAACCAGCCGCUCUGGCCCGAGGCCCCGCCCCUGCCAGCUUCGAUUGGAGGGAUCAUGGAGCUGUCAGUUCUAUUAAAAAUCAGGGUAUGUGUGGAUCCUGCUGGGCAUUUUCUGUGACAGGGAACAUUGAAGGCCAGUGGUUCCUGAAAAACGGGACGCUGCUGUCCCUCUCUGAACAAGAGCUGGUGGACUGUGAUGGGCUGGACCACGCGUGCAGAGGAGGCCUGCCGUCAAAUGCUUAUGAAGCUAUUGAGAAGCUGGGCGGUCUGGAGACAGAGACCGACUACUCCUACACCGGGAAAAAGCAGAGUUGCGACUUCACCAGCAUGAAGGUGGCCGCCUACAUCAACAGCUCUGUGGAGCUGUCCAAAGAUGAGAAGGAAAUUGCAGCUUGGCUGGCUGAGAAUGGACCAAUCUCUGUUGCACUGAAUGCCUUUGCCAUGCAGUAUUACAGGAAGGGUGUGUCUCACCCUUUGAAGAUUUUCUGCAACCCCUGGAUGAUCGACCACGCUGUGCUGAUGGUGGGAUACGGAGAACGUAAAAAUAUCCCAUUCUGGGCCAUCAAAAACAGCUGGGGGGAGGAUUAUGGAGAACAGGGUUACUACUACCUAUACAGAGGGUCCAAUGCGUGUGGGAUCAACAAAAUGUGCUCAUCUGCUGUAGUCAACUAAAGCACUAACAGCACAUAUUCACACACACACCAUCAUGCUACAUGUUCCACAAUUGCCAGCCGACCUCAACGUUACAUUAGUCACUCACACAUUUGACCCAGAAUGCAUGAUGAUUACAUACAGACACACAUAAAGUCCUACUGAUGUUACUUUUCCGUUAAACCAGACUAGUGUUCCACCAUCAUACCUCACACCUCGUGUCCGUUUUACUAAAAACAUACCAGCUCUAAUAAAGCUAGCUUUGCUGUGGAAUUUUACAGUGAUUUUAAAGUAGAUUUUUAUGUGCACAUUUCAUUCCUGCAGGUCAUAAUGAUUGCUGUGUUUUAGGCAGUUUUGGAUUUAUCUCGUCUUUCCUCACAGUACCUGAGCCCACGCUUGAUGAAGAGCGUGCACUAGUUGUAGUUAGACUUGUGUCGUGUGAGUUUUCUUUGAUGUUUUGUUACUAGUGUCUAUGCUAAUGCUACGUAAUACUUGAGAGGGGGUUUGAAAGAUGGGGGUUUUACCUUAUUGGUCUGCACAAUACUUCAAAACUGCAAUAUAAUUGUAAAAAACUGCCGUAAGACAGUCAGAAAUGAAACAAGGUUGAAUAAAAAAAGUGUGGAAUCCUA